AUGAGCACUGUGGAGAUACCGGCUGGUUUGAAGGAGCUGCUGCAGGGGUACACAGUGGAGGUGCUCCGUCGCAGGCCGCUAAACUUGGCUGAAUUUGCCGUGCAGCAUUUUACAAAAAUUCUGGAGAGUCAAAAAAAGGAGCCAAAGGCUAAAAAACGCAACUUCAAACCUUCAAGGAAAGGAGUGACUUUUGAAACCAAGUCGAAUAAGGACGAUGAAGAGCAUGAUGAGGAAGAGGAGGAGGAGGAGGAGGAGGAGGACACUAUUAGCAAAUACAAUCGCAGAGUUUCAGUUUGUGCAGAGGCAUACAACCCUGACGAUGACGAGGAUGACGACUCUGAACCUCGGGUUGUUCAUCCAAAGACAGACGUGCAGCGCCGCAGACUUCAGGAUGCCUGCAAAGACAUUUUACUGUUCAAAACACUGGAACCGGAGCAGUUCUCUGAGGUGUUGGACGGCAUGUUUGAGGUGUUGGUCAAACCUCAGGAGCACAUCAUUGACCAGGGAGACGACGGGGAUAACUUCUACGUCAUAGAGAAGGGUGUGUAUGAUAUUUUGGUGGAUAAAGAGGGAGUGAAUGUGUGUGUGGGAAAGUAUGACAACAAGGGGAGCUUUGGUGAGCUGGCUCUCAUGUACAACACACCGCGAGCUGCUACCAUUGUUGCAACACAGGAGGGCGCUCUGUGGGGGCUGGAUCGAGCCACAUUCCACAGACUAAUUGUUAGAAACAACGCAAAGAAGAGGAGGACUUAUGAGGCUUUCAUUGAGUGUGUUCCUCUGCUGAAGUCUCUAGAGCUCUCAGAGAGAAUGAAGAUUGUGGAUGUUUUGGGAGCUCGAGGGUUCAAGGAUGGAGAGCGGAUAAUAACACAGGGGGACGAUGCUGACUGCUUCUACAUAGUGGAAUCAGGAGAGGUGAAGAUUAUGAUAAAAAGCAAAACGAAGGCAGGUCAGCAGGAUAACACUGAGGUGGAGGUCGCUCGAUGUUCCCGGGGACAGUAUUUUGGCGAGCUGGCGCUGGUCAACAACAAACCUCGAGCAGCAUCUGUUUAUGCUGUGGGGGAAACCAAAUUGUUAGUUAUUGACAUCCAGGCUUUUGAGCGUUUGCUGGGACCCUGUAUGGACAUCAUGAAGAGGAACAUUUCCCAGUAUGAAGACCAGCUGGUGGCACUCUUUGGCUCCAGUGUUGAUUUAAAACAUUAGGUGUAUUUUAUAAAAUGAACUAGUAUUUCAGUCAAGCAUAGUGGUGGUAUGUGUAACACAUGAGUAUCUCCCCUCUGUUUUAUUUGUAUUAAAGUGUACUGUUCC